AUGCGCUCAUUGGGAGCUCUGGGUGUCGCGCUGCACGCAUCUCUGCUGGUGCUGCUGGCUCAAGGGAUUCAUAAAUCCAGAGAUGGAGUUUAUAUGAGGCCGCUGCAUCGUCUCUCCGUGAUGGACCGAUCAACCGGGUAUCACCUGCCAACCUACAUGGUGCACCUCUACAGGAAUUUCAAGUCAAACUUUUCCAGGCCGAUGGAUACUAUGGAGCAAGAUGCGGCAAAGCAAGCAGACACCGUGAAGAGUGUGAUGGCUAAAAGUUUGACGUACAGACACAGGCGCUGGGUUGCGACCUUUGACCUCCACACCCUGCUGGCUGACAAGCAGAUCCAGGCAGCAGAGCUGAGAAUCAGGCUCCCUCGGACACCGAGCGCUUACAACAUCUCAGUGGAGGUCUAUCACCAUGGCCAGGCAUGCCAUACGCACAAGCACUGCCAAGAACAGCAGCUGGUGGGGCUGCUCACUGAAUCAUCACUGGUCACUUCAUCACAGAGCUGGAAAGUAUUCAACAUGACAAGUCCUCUCCUGGACUGGCUUAGACGAAAAUCGACAGAAAGAAUUCAACACAAAAGAGUAUCAAGAAGGAAAAUGGUAAAGACAAAGAGAGGCCUGUCGCUUCCUGAUCAGCCUGUCUAUGUGGCGAGCCCGAGGAGCGAGCAGGAUGUUAGCGACCGAGCCCUGCUGGUCGUCUUUUCACACACUGGCUCGGAUGAAAACUCAAAGGCCAAAGCAAGCUUGCUUCAUACAGCUGAACAAUCCAAGUUCUUGUCCCCUGCUGAAAUCAAAAAGGCCCGCUGGCCAAAGAGGCGCAGGAGCAAACGGGGCCAGCGAGAACAAACAGUGAGAAGCCUGCAGGUGUCCAAAAGAGGGAGUGAAAAAUCUCUCUGUCGCAGAGUUGACCUGCAUGUAGACUUUAAUCAAAUAGGCUGGGGGUCCUGGAUCAUCUUUCCUAAAAGGUAUAAUGCCUACCGCUGUGAAGGUUCCUGUCCUGGUCCUUUGGGAGAAGACCUAAAUCCAACAAAUCAUGCUUACAUGCAGAGUUUACUGAAACAUUAUCAUCCUGACAGAGUGGCAUCGCCCUGCUGUGCGCCAACCAAAAUGAGCCCAUUAAGCAUGCUGUACUACGAAAACGGAGAAAUGCUCCUUCGACACCAUGAAGACAUGAUUGUGGAUGAGUGUGGCUGCCAGUGA